AUGGGGAUCAGGAAGCACUUCCUUGACACUUACUGGGGCUGGUGUCUCAGCACUGGCAGCUGGCAGAGUGGGAGGUGUGGCAGGACUGUUGUGGCACGUGAUGGUCCAGUGUUUUCCCGAGAGUUGGAAUGUGCUCGGAGGGCAGAGGGGAUUACCUGCACCUGUGCGGCCAACUCCAAUCCUCCCGGAGACCUCACCUGGCACCUGCCCCAUGCCAACCUCAGCGGGAACCAAACUCACGGAGACUUUGUAUCACAGCAGCUCAGAGUGGGGCAUCUGGUGAUGGGCUCUCUGACCCUGACAGGGCACCCGGAGGAAGAGGAAACGAUGGCAUCCUGCUGGGUUCGAAACCCGCACGGGGCAGCCACGCUCAAGGCAUAUUUUUGGGUCAAAGAGAGAGACUUCAAGAAUUGGAGAGUGGGAUUGGUGAUGGCGGGAAUCGUGUUGAGUGUUUUCCUGGCUGGAAUUUUCAUCUUCCUGCGUGGGCAAAAGAGAAAGAAAGUGACUGAGGAGACAGCUUCAAAGGCCAGUGAGAUCACAGUGACCUACUCUCCAGAUGCUGUGACACACCAGGUUUCACACAACAUGGUGGUAACUGACUUGCAAAAUACAACCAGGGGCCCAGCGAGAGCGGGGGAGACUCCAGCUCCCGGGAAUGUCUUCGAGGGUCCAGUGGGAAGCGACAUUGCACACCCUGGGAGCACUAAAGACCUUCUCUAUGCCAGCAUCAACUACUCAAAGCUACCCAGCAGUGACGGGACUGUGCAUAGGGGUGAGGACACGGAAUAUGCAGAGAUCAGAUUCCAGCCAAAUUGAGAGAGAGAAGCAGGGAGAAGACUGCGAGGGAUGUGUGCAGUCAAUGUGGUUGAAUAAUGAAGAGAAAGUGACACUGCCCAGCUUUGUUGUUAGUCCUGAACAUGCUUUCCAAGUGCUGCAUCUUUUUCACGCUAUCAGAGAUUGUAUGAAGUUUAUGAAUUGUGUGUAAUUUUACAGAUAUAAGCAAAGUGGCACAGUGGCUCACAACACCAAGGUCCCAGGUUCGAUU